AGAGAAAAAAAUGUGCACAAAUGGGCAAUUUUUGAAAAUUAAUUUGGAUACCAAAGAUGUGCCAGGUGCAGAAUAAAGUAUAGAAGGACACAAUUCUACCCAAAUAAAAAGUUGGCUGCAGCGUCGCAAGGAAUCGACAAAGGAAAAAAGAAUUUGAAAUAAUUUGGAAAAAUUAUUUUAAUAGUCAGUCUAUUAGAAGAAAGCUUGAGUUCCCAACAAAAGAGGCAAAGGAGCAUGAAAGCGAAAAAAUUCUGUCUAGGCACUUCAAUUUAAUGAAAAACCGAAGAACCAUUAUUGAUUGCCCGAACAGUGAUGAAUGCAUGGUAUCUGAUAAGAACGGUAGGACUGAUGAGUUGGGAGAAUUGCAAUCGAACGGUACGCUCAUUAUUGAUGAUAAAGAGGUCUUCGCAGAUUUCAAUGAUAAUGACGGAAGUACUGGAGAACCUAAAUCUAAUCCUACAAGGGUAAUGCAUGAAAACACACCACCCUCCACAAGAGAAUUGAUGCCGAGACGUGAUUCUAGUUCUAGAAAUUCUGGAACUGAGCAAUUACUGAUCUGGGCUCCUUCUAGAGAAACUAAUAAUCAAAUGCUGCCGACACGCGAUUCCAGAUGUGGAAACUCUGGAAAUGAGUAAUUACUGAUGAGGACUCCUCUGAGAGAAACUAAUAGGGAAGUUCUGCCGACACGCGAUUCCAGUUGCAGAAACUCUGGAACUGAGCAAUUACUGAUCAGGACUCCU